GAGCCCGGCGGAGGAGGUGUUUCCCACAGCGGAUCCCCAGCACGUCUCCCCCCCUCCCCGUCCGCCUCAGAGUGCCACGUUCCCUCUUCCUCCCGCGCCUCCUCACGUCUGCACAUGUCACGAUAGUCGCGAUAGUCGGGGGGAGCUGCUCCCUGAGGGGAGCGGGGCUGGGGCUGGGGCUGGGGCCGGGAGCUGGGGCCUGCCCGGCUGGGAGCUGCUGAGGGGCCGCUGCGUUUCCAGGCCGGAUUAACCAACCAAAGAGGUUAUGAAUAUCAUCUGUGGUCUGAAGUUGCCGGGCAGGAGCUGUAUUUUCUUUCGUUUGGCUUCUUUGACCAAGCAGGGGAAGUACAAUAAGCUCUACAAGUCUUACACAGGACAUUGCCAAAUUCAAGUCGGUUCUAUACAAGACAGAUGCCAAAGGCUGAAUUUGAGUGGAAAUACUAGAAACUAUUUUUUGACUGGAAGCCCUGACCACUACAGAAACUUUCUUGGUAAAGGACAGAGGUGUCUUUUGAACGUCCCAAAAACAGAAGUAUGGAAGAAUACACAUCACCGUUCAGGAUGGUUUUGCUUUCAGUCCUCUCCGUUUCUGGGGGAGAGGAUUACGUCCUUCCAAAUCAGUUCUGCAGGGCAACACCCAAGUCAUUUUUCAGCUUGGAACAUUCAAAUCACCAGGUUUUUUCACACAUCACCAUCAAUUCAGGCUGCACCUGUUCCCCUUUUCUGGAUUAUUGUUAAGCCAGCUCAGAAACUAUUUGCUAUCAUUCUUGGCAGGAGCAUAAGAAAUUGGUGGAAGGCACUUCCUCCUAAUAAACGGGAACUUUUUAAGGAAAGUGCAAGGAGAAAUAAAUGGAAGAUACUCCUGGGUAUCAGUAGCUUAGGAGUUUUAUUUGUCAUGUUUUAUUUUACUCACUUGGAGGAGACACCCAUCACUGGGCGUGCCCGGCUGUUGGUGUUUGGAAAAGAGCAUUUUAGGCAGCUGUCACAGAUGGAGUAUGAUAUGUGGAUGGAGGAAUUCAAAAGUAAAAUGCUGCCUGAGACAGAUGCACGCUAUCAGGUUGUGAAGAGCGUUGUUGGUCAUUUAUCUGAGAGCAAUAAGGACGUCCCACAGGUCUCGGCACUCGACUGGGUUAUCCAUGUGGUAGAUGAACCAGGAGUAAAUGCUUUUGUGCUUCCAAACGGUCAAGUAUUUGUUUUCACUGGAUUGCUAAAUGCAGUUUCUGAUAUCCACCAGCUGUCUUUCAUUCUGGGACAUGAAAUAGCUCAUGCUGUGCUGGAACACGCAGCAGAGAAAGCCAGUCUGGUUCACUUCUUGGAUUUCCUAUCACUCAUCUUUCUCACUAUGAUUUGGGCCAUCUGUCCUCGUGAUAGUUUGGCGGUUGUUGGCCAGUGGAUUCAGAGUAAGUUGCAGGAGUUUAUGUUUGAUAGACCGUACAGCAGAACGUUGGAGGCUGAAGCUGAUAAAGUGGGACUUCAGUUUGCAGCAAAGGCUUGUGUGGAUGUAAGAGCAAGCAGUGUAUUUUGGCAGCAAAUGGAAUUAGCAGAAGCCAUUCAAGGGCAGCCCAAGUUACCAGAGUGGCUCUCCACGCACCCUUCACAUGAGAAUAGAGCUGAGCACUUGGACCGGCUUAUUCCAGAGGCUCUUAAAAUAAGAGAGCGCUGCAAUUGUCCAUCUCUUUCUGGACCCGAUCCUCGCCUUAUUUUCAAACUUAACAUGCAACAUCUCCUGGAAUCGUCUAAAGUUCAAGAAACUCAAAAUUCUACAGAGCAAGCUCUCUCAAAACCAAAACUGGAUUUUCCUCACACUCAAAAAGUGGAAGACAUACCAGUAACUUUUGCAGUUAAACCUACAAACUAAUGACGAUAAUUAUUGCAUUUUAUGAAACUUGUGGUCUCUGAGGGUCUAUCUUUUAGGGCACAUCUGUCUUUGAACCAUAAAGAAGACCUAGCCACCUAUAUUCUGUUUCUUUUACGUGAUCUCUCACUCAAAGCAAUAAGGAGUUGUGCCCACACAAGAUCGUCAUGUUGGAGCAGAAAGUUUCUUAUUCAUCAAGGGUUACUAAAAUAAAUGACUUCUCAGGGGAAAGAUAAUCUCGUACAAUCCAGUCACACAGUGUAAUUUUCAGCUUUAUCAGGCUCACCUUGAUCAGAGGACAGAUGAGCCAGCAGCGUCCCUAAAGCAGAGGAAAAAGUACAAUUUUCAUCACUUAACUUGUCUGGUUUAUCUUGCUGUAAUUUGGGUUAGAUCUGUUCAGCUUCAUUUGAGAAAUAAUGAUGAGAGCUUACCGCCUGUUCCACAUAUAGAAUGUUUAAAAAUAUUAAGCUGAGAUGCAGUAAUAGCCUAUGGGCUAGAUACACCCCCACUUAAUUAGGUGGAUUUACUGCUGGGAUUUUUCUCCUUUCUAAGGCAUUUGAGGGUAUGGAUUAAUUCAACAUUUUUCUUCAAAGCAACCUGAAAGGAUUGCACAAAGUUCAAUUAAAAAAAUAAGUUAAAUUAUUUUCAAGGAAGGCUUUCUUAUAAAAUGUUUUUUAGAAGAACCACAAUUUUUAGCCCUAGAAUGCUUUGCGAGGAUAAGCGUGUUAUCUUUUAAAUUGUGAGGGUGCCUUAUCAGAGGCCAGUAUUACUUUAGAGAUACUUGAUCUGGAUAGAUCAGUCUGGAUAGAAGUGAUUGCUGAUGUGGAAGUAUAUUAGGUAGCAGACAAAUACAACACAAUUUCUUGACUGCACAGCUUUAGCAGUUGUACCUUAUCCAAGAAGGCGACUACUCUGCAGGAAACCACCAUCUAAUGCUGUGCAUAUAAAAAAAAAAAAAAAAAAAAAAAGCACAAAACAAAACUCACAACCAAAAAACACAACCACACAAGAAGAAGAAAACCCUCCAGCCUCUCCUGAAGCCACACCUUUCUUACUGUGGAGACCAAUACGCACAAGAUAGGUAAAGCUCUGCCUUCUGUGAUGGAGUACCUCGUAUAGCCAGCAUGUUAAUUUUUAUUUGCAACUGUCUGAGUUAUCGUUGGUUUGCACCUGAUGAAACUACUGAAUGUUAUCUUACAAAAAGACGUAGAAAGAGGCAGCAGAGAUUGAAAACAAAAAAGGGAAAUCCCUUUCUUUUAUCUGCUGAGAUGUAUCUGCUGUUCUGUUGUUGUUGUUUCUCCUUUUGUAUUGAAACAAAGAUUUGUUUCACGUAUGGUGGGGUUUUAUGUGGAGGGGACAUUCAAAACAUUUUACAGUGUAUUGUAUUUUGAAACAUUCUUUUUUUAUUCAUGGUGGAGGGCAGACUAUCAUAUUUACUCAAUUCAAUCAGAAUGCAAGUUAUUCAAGAAGGAAAAAACAAGCUAUUCAUCGCUGUCUGUGAAUAUAGUUGGAUAAAAAGGUUGUGAAAUGAGUAAUUUCUUUACUGACUUCAGCCAAUGAAUUGGGGGUCCUUGGAGAAAUGCCAGCAACUACCUAACUUACUUCUGUUCAGAGGUAAGUCGAUGUGUCUGUAAUGGUGAAUGUUGAUUCUAGGCCUGAUUAUAUAGGUCUAGAUUGGCAGCAUAUUGCUUACAAGCUGUUUUUAAAUCUUUACCCAGUCCUACUGGCAAGAGGCAGAAGGUCCAGCCUAACCAUUAUUCAUCCAUCCAUUUUUAUUCUUAGUGACAGGAGUUUUUGUAACAGACAUUCAGUGAUGUGUUAAAGCACUUGGACAUUGUCACCUGAAGGUAAACAGAAAAAUACACCAUUUAGAUUUCCCUGUGGACCUUAUAGUUUAUCCAGCAACACCACGACCCCAGUGCUGCUGCCUCUUUCUCGCUCCAGUGUCAAAGCUUGUUUUGUUACCCAGGGCUCCUGCAUGACAUGCGACUUGAUGUUUGUGUCUGUUAGGACUAAGGAGAACAGAGAAGAGUUUUUAUAGCAUUCAGGAUGAAGUGUAAAAAUACACAAGUUUCUUAUUUCUACUGCCUGUUCUAAGUGGAUUAAGUAUUGCACUGGAAUGUCAGAGAUGCAAUUGUAAAGCUCACCAAGGGAGUUUUUUUUUUUUUUUAAUUUGUAUGUAAAUAGUCUUGUAGCCAUGGUGGUGGUGAUGAGAAAGACAAGGUUUUGAUGAAGAGGUAUUGGCUUAUAUUAGACCAACAAAGGGCUUUUUUUUGUGCUUUUUCCUACAAUACCGAUGUAAUAAAAGUUAUCUUCUGACACAGGUGCGCAUGCAAACACGCACGUACACACACAACACAGAGUUAGCCCUCUGCGUUAAAGCACUAGGGUUUUACUGUUCAAAAUGGGAUGCUGAAAAUUUCAGUUUUUACUUUACGUCUUAAAUUAUUGCUAACAUUUUUCUCAAGUGCUUUAGGAGGGGUUUCUUCUUUCUUCUUCUCUUGACUGCCCAACACAAGAAUGCCUUGUGCUCAUCUGCAUCGCAGUAGGUACUUUUUUCUUAAACUCUUAUUAAAUACUAUACAUUGUGUCUGUGUAUAUUAGAUAUUUUCUUUUUUCUUGCUUGAACAGAUACAAAUUAACAAAUAUAAAUGGUGCUUUCCACUGGUUCGAGAAGCCAUAGUGAAAAUUGCACUUUUAAAAUUGGAGAGCAUGUAAUGAUUUUAAAUUACUACGAAAGUAAUUUAAAAAUAUAUAGCUUAGUAAAAUAACGGUGAUUGCAAGCAUUGGAUGAUCUGUAGAAGCUUUGCAUCGCAGUUGGGUGACUUAGUAUGCUACAGGAGAAAUAGAUCUAGAAGGAAUUCAGUACUUGAAAGAUGCCUACCAUACAAGAGGGAGGUUAGUGGCUAAAGUGACAAAAGGUUAGAUGGAUCAGUAAAAAUGCAUCUGCAUUUCUACUGCCAGUACUGCAUGCUGUACUUCACUAGCUUCCCAUAGAAAGAUUAAGUAUAUAGCACAAAUUGUACUAAAGAUCUUAAUGCAUUUACUGUUGUGGGAGUGUUGAGAGAGAUGACAAGCAGGGGAAUGUGCAUACAAGGCAGUCCUGGACUGGCUCCAUAUAACUUUAGGGUUGUCAUAUUUGCCUUUUUUUUAAUUAUUAUUCGGAAUACACAAGUGCCAGGAAAGAAAAGUAAACAGCUGUUAGAUGCUCUUUGUUCUCGAAUUCUGUUUGUAGUCAUUGAAAGAGGACAAUCUUGCAAGUUUUACACUUCUAUCAUAUAUCAUGCAGGCUGCCACAGUUUAUUUUCAGCGUGUUGGUGGUAUCUCAGUACUUCUGGUUGAGGAAGUAUUUCCCAUGUAACAGUCUGUUGUAUGAAAGUGGGCUAUAAUUCUUCCUUCCCCCCAUCUUUUUCUCGUGCUGCCUGUGCCUCUGCUAGAAGCAGCAUGGGCUGCUGCGAUCAGAACCAGGAUAAGCAGAGGGGACUCUUAGGUCAAAUAAAAGAGAAGGAGCUGAAUGUUCUGCCCGCAAACUGCCCCAGCUUUAUUGCUGGGGGUGGCAAUCGUCAGAAAAGAGAACUGACGGAGUGUCUCUGGUGUCCCUCACUGCUGCCUCCUUGUUUUGCAGGCACCCACUAACUACGUUACUUGACCUCACGGAGCCCAAGGCCCCAUGCCACAUACAGGCCAAGCAUAAUAUUGCUGGCUACCUCGUUCUGGCUGUGUGAGUAAAGGCUGCUCUUCUUGGUACAGGUUCUUACCCUGAUUUAUGAAUGGAUGCAGAGAAUUGUUAUCUCCAGCACAUAAAUUCAUUAUAACUAUUAAACUAGGCUGAAAUUGAACCUGUUGACCUGGAAGUGAAUGGCUCCAUAACAUUUCAUUAAUCCUUUGAGAUGUUUAAUUCCUGCUAAUUUGAUAUUUCAGAUAUGAUCUUCUCUACAGAUAUAAUGGGUUAAUUAGUAUACAUUACAUGAUGUCUCUUCACAGUACAGCGUGUACAGUAUUUAUUCACUAGAAAAGUAAUUCAGUAGAGCUCAAUUAUAAUACAUUGAGUAGAGCGUAACUGUUGAACAGGAUAUGUGCAAUAUUCAUUAAAUUUUAAACAUAAACAUUUUUCAAGCAGCCUUCUAUUAUUUGUUGAUACCUAUCACCUUCUGAAAAUGAUGUUUCUAAAUCUUUUGUUACAGCUUUCUAAAAUAUUUCAAUUUAAAAUGUGAUUCUGAAAGUACUGGAUUAAUUAGCAAAUCAUAACCGAUGUUUGGUGAGACAACAGUUGAAAGAAACCUUAAAUGUACUUAGUCACCUCUAUAAUGUCCUUAGUGCAGUCUUUCUUCUUGUUGGAGACCAGCAAAAUGUAUGUGAAAAUACACAUUUGAAAAAAAAAAAAAGUUGUUUUUUUAUGGUUGUCUUCUAUACUUUCAUUUGCUAAAAACACUACCGGCUGACAGCACCCCAAGCCCACGCUAAACAUGUUUAUUUUGUGGAGUUCAGCUUGCAGAUCUUCAGCUGAAGACACCUGUUUCAGAGCAAACCACCCCACACAGUUUGGAAUAGCAGUUCCAGUUGGAACUGUAGGGAGCGGAUAAAGAUCAUAAUAAUUAUAAUAAUGAUUUGGAAUCUGCAGCAUUUUGCUGCUGCUUUCCUGUGGAAAGGUAGGGGAGGCACAGAUACUAAGAGCCUCUGAUUUAACUAAUGGAAGUGGGGAAAAAAGAAAUUGGCUCAUGACAUGUGCUUUAUGAUCAGACUUACAUACUUUUUCCUUCAGCUUUGAAUGGCUUGUAGAUGUUCAUGGAAAUAUGUGUGCGUGAUAAGUGUGUUGGAACAUGCUGCAGCCUUUUGGUCGUUCUGUCUUUUGUUUCUAAUGGAAGGUACAAAGACCAUUUUU